CAUCUGCAGAGCAGGAGCCCUCAGAGCAGACGCCAUGACGUCCAUCCUCUCUGCUCUUCUCUGCCUCGGGCUGAGUCUGGACCAGAGGAUCCACGUGCAAGCAGGGACCCUCCUCAAACCCACCAUCUGGGCUGAGCCAGCCUCUGUGAUGUCCUGGGGGAGCCCCGUGACCAUCUGGUGUCAGUGGACUGGGGAGGCCAAGGAGUUCUGUUUUGAAAAAGAGGGAAGCACAUCGCCCUGGUGCAGAGUGAAACCACUAUAUCUGAUGGACAAGGGCACGUUCAGCAUCACAAACUUGACAGAGAGUGCUGUUGGGAUAUAUCGCUGUUACUAUCGCAGCCCUGCUGGCUGGUCAGAGCGCAGUGACCCCCUGGAGCUGGUGGUGACAGGUGUCUAAAGCAAACCCAGCCUCUCAGCCCUGCCCAGCCCUGUCGUGACCUCAGGAGGGAACGUGACCCUCCAGUGUGGCUCAGGGGAGGCAUUUGACAGGUUCAUUCUGACUAAGGAAGGAGAUCACAGGCUCUCCUGGACCCUGGAGUCACAGUCACAGCCCAGGGGCCAGUUCCAGGCCCUAUUCCUUGUGGGCCCCGUGACCCCCACCCACAGGUGGACAUUCAGAUGCUAUGGCUGUUACAGGUACAGCCCCCAGGUGUGGUCACACCCCAGUGACCCCCUGGAGCUCGUGGUCUCAGGUAAGGCCCAUUAUUGUCCCUUCCAUUGA